UUACUUAAACUUGGAGCAUCGCCAUCCGGACACAACACAAGACAAUCGACACGCGCGCAGUGUCACAAGGAAAGAAACAACAAACAAACCCAAAUGGUUCCGACAAAACUCGAUCUGAGUGUGAUCUCGUUAUCUUUUGGGUCUGACUAUGUUUGAUUUGGAUACCGAAAGAAGAGUGUUGUUGCGUUAUUAAUAGUAGGACUAAGAGUAGUGGAAAACAUGAACAGCAGUGGCGGAGGGACUUUGAUGGGUUUGAGUAACAGUUAUGGCAGGUCCCCAUUCACAGUGUCUCAGUGGCAGGAACUGGAACACCAAGCUUUGAUCUUCAAGUACAUGGUUGCGGGUCUUCCUGUGCCUCCUGAUCUCGUGCUCCCCAUUCAGAAGAGCUUCGAUUCUCUCUCACACGGCUUCUUUCACCAUCCCACACUGAGUUAUUGUUCCUUCUAUGGGAAGAAGGUGGAUCCAGAGCCAGGACGAUGCAGGAGGACUGAUGGGAAAAAGUGGAGGUGCUCCAAGGAAGCAUACCCAGACUCCAAGUACUGCGAGCGCCACAUGCACCGUGGCCGCAACCGUUCAAGAAAGCCUGUGGAAUCACAAACUUUGACACAAUCAUCUUCAACUGUGACAUCACUCACUGUCACCGGUGGCAGCAGUGGAACCCUAAACUUUCAGAACCUUCCCGCAAAUGCCUUUUGUAAUCUCCAGGGUACUGAUUCCGGAACCGACCAAACCAAUUAUCGUUUAGAUUCCAUUCCCUAUGCGAUUCCAAGUAAAGAAUACAGGUAUCUUCAAGGACUUAAAUCUGAGGGGGGUGAGCAUUGCUUCUUUUCUGAAGCUUCAGGAAGCAACAAGGUUCUCCAAAUGGAAUCACAGUUGGAAAACGCAUGGCCUUUGAUGUCAACCAGAGUUUCCUCUUUUUCUACAUCAAAGUCAAGUAAUGAUUCCAUGUUGCAUAGUGAUUAUCCCCAGAAUUCAUUUUUAUCGGGGGAAUAUGCAUCGGGAGAACAUGUUAAGGAGGGCCAGCAUCUUCGACCAUUUUUUAAUGAAUGGCCUAAACGUAGGGAGCCAUGGUCUGGUUUGGAAGAUGAGAGAUCCAACCAAACAGCCUUCUCGACAACUCAACUCUCAAUAUCCAUUCCUAUGUCUAUGUCUUCUGACUUCUCUGCAAUGAGCUCUCAGUCCCCAAAUGAUAACUGAGGGCAGUCCUUCAAGAUUCAGUGCAAUGUUAUGAAAGGAUCCAACGAGUUUAGUAGUAUAUGAGUGGUCCAAAGGAAUCCCAUGUUCAAGUAUUGUUAUUCAAGCUGAGUUGUUGUACAACUUUAUGGAUCCUCGGCUUCUUGUUGUAAGCAAGACCAACAUCUUAUCUUGUUGGUGGAUAUUUGUAGAACCUCGGAACAUUCUUGGUUUUGUAUCUAAUGAACGAACAUAAUUACUUAGUACUGUAUUAAUUUAUGCUGAAUAAAGUUAGUGGUUUUGUUCAU